AUGAAAUUCAUCGAUCCGAUAGGGAUUGGUGCAACCUCCGUCCAUUGUGAGAGCAAAUGGAGUGGACCAAUCAUGAGCAUUCUGGGCAUUCCCCACCAGAUCCUUCCUGAUGUAUGUCCUUCCAGUCAUCUUUACGGGUACAUCGAAACCGGUCCGUUGUGUGUCCCGGACGGGGCUGUACGGGUCCCCGUGACCGGGAUCAUCGGGGACGCGCAAGCGGCCACUUUAACCGAGGAUUGUCUCGGACCAGGACAAGCCAAAUUGACUCUCGGCACUGGAACGUUUCUCAAUCUGAGCACGGGGUCCAAACCACGAGCACUUAUGAAUGGUUUUUACCCCGUUGUGGGCUGGGCUUCCACCGACCGAUUCAAUGAUACCGCUUCCGUGUGCGAGCGGACCACAUUCACCCAUCAGGGCAAAUCCAAGACAACCGCACUGACCACAUGCGCUUCCAUUCACUCGUUGGGUUCCGAUUCCGAAUCGAUUCGCACAUCCGAUGUGACCUAUUUGCUUGAGGGCUCGCAUGAGAACACUGGCACACUCAUUGAAUGGCUUCGAACAGAAGGUGGGCGAUUUUCUCCUUACCAGUUGUCAUUUUCUAAUCAUUUUGUUCUCCACUUGUUUAUCUCUGCCCCACCAUUUCCUCUCUUUGUACAUGUGUGUAUGUGUGUGUGUGUGUGUUGUGUGUUGUGUGACACAUUUGUUGGGCUCAUGUCCGUAAGCUUUUAA